AUGGCCUACAAACAGAAUCGGCAAACGCGAACCAAGCCCAAUGGAGGGCUCUAUAAAUUGUUGCAGCUGCCGGAGAUCUUCCAAAGCCACGAAAUGGAGCACUGGAUCGGCGGGAUUAUUGGCAUGCUCUGCAUCCUGCAACUCCUACAAGGAAGUCGGAGCACCACAUACGAGGUAAUCGGCGAUGAGAAGACCAUGGACAUCAUUUGCGACGCUGAGGAAGACAAGGGCAAUAUACCGAUUCGACAGGUCCUGGACGUAAGCGGACUGACCUUCGAAGUGGCCGACGAUCUGGAGACUUUGUACUACAACGGCGAUAUCAAGGUGCUGAUGGAUGUGCCAAGUGGAUCAAUUGGCAUGGAGGUCGACGUGUUCCGCUGGGAGCGGAGCCAAUGGCUGCCGACUCCCCUUGCCCUGAAACGGGACAGCUUGUGCAACACCUUGACCAAUCCUCGCGAGCUCUGGUAUCCCCUUUUUAAAAACAUCCCCAAGGAAGAGUUGAUUUGUCCUCCGGGAAAGGGGCACGUCUACACCCUGAGCAACGUGAGCAACCACGAGUUUGUGAGGAACAUGCCCCUCGCGGACAUCGCUGGGGACCUCAAGGCAGUGGUCCACCUGAGCUCCGGGGACCUGAAGACCUGCGUCGUGUUCUUCUUCAAGGUCUACAUCAACUGAGGGGGAGCCGGAGUGGACCCUGACACUGGA